AUGAUCACGCAGAAGAAUUUAUUUGCCUCAUCUCUUCGAGGAAUUCUUCUGUUCCUGACUUGGCAAACUAUCAGUUAUAAAGGUAAUUAUUUUUUUGUUUCUGUCAGAAGUAUAUUGAAUAGAACUGAACAAAUUAUUUUCGCUGAGGUAGACAAAAAGGUGGAAAUAUUCUUUCAUAACGGGAUCAUUGUAUGACCAAACUUUAACAUUGUCUCAAUUCCGUCUCAUCGAUUAUUCAGCGCAUAAUUAUUAGAAACAAAGAAAUUAAGAUUGCCAAUCUUCAGAACUACAUCGUUUAAUUUUUUUUCGGGGGGCUUGGCAUAAUGUUGAUACAGUUCCACUCGCGAGAGGCUUUCAAUCGUUCAGUUUGAUAAAUGAUAGGUUUGUUUGUCGCUAGUAAAUUGCGGUUUUGCAUGAUCUGUUCAGGAUUGGUGAGUGCCCAUCAAAACUCAACCCACGCGUAAAAUAAAUUUGCCUUACUUCCUGAUUUCUACUAGACAUGCUAGACAGUUCCUCGAAAUAUCGUGGUAUAAUAUAACUAGUUAAUCACCAAAGUGUCAAGACGGCACGCUUGGUAGUUGAAAUUCUUUUCAUCUAAAUCUUCGCAAUUUUUCAUUAACAAUUUUUAUUGAGCGAAGGAGACUAACAACUUCCUUAAAGAACCGUGCGCUUUAAGGAACACUAACAAUAAAACUACAUCAUUCUUAUUUACGUUACUUCCACUUCGACUGGCAUCAUUGAUACAACAAUACCAAAGGAUGCUGUAAUUGUAAUCCGCUAAUUAAUUUGUGUGAUUGAGAAUGGCAAGUAACUAGCUGUCAAGCACAGCGUAAUUAAGUAAUGGAGAAGAUCAGCAGGGAUGCCUCCGUGUCACGUAUCUAUCAAUCGAAUGGAGAGAGAAAAAAAAAAUUCUGCUCUCGUUCAACCGGCUCACGCAUUCAAUGUAAUAUCAACGAUUAUCAAUGAGAAGUCACCGAGUAUGCAUUCCACCGAGACUGAAAUAGGAAACAGCAAGAGGAUUUAAGGAAACCUAGUGAGACAGCUCUAAUAUAAAAAUGAAGUAAAUAGAUUUCCUGUUGAGAAUGAAGCCAUUCCAUGAUGUCACGCAAAUAUUCAACUCUUGGCCUUAUCACAUUAGCGACCACUAGUCGUUUCAGAGCACUUUUCCAUACCAAACCUAUCAUUUUAAAUUACACAGAGGCCGGCAGAAUUUCUGGUAAGGGAUCAAUCUUUAGCGAUAAAGGUCUUGACUGUUGGGUAGUUUCUUCUGACUUCCUUUCUCAUUUUUCCCUUACCGGUAGGCGUGACAUCGACCUCAUGCCAAUCCCAACCAUGUCUGUACUUCAGCAACAGUCGCGCUCUCCAAGCGUUAGAUAUCAGCUCCUCCAACUUGUACUCAGUCGCACCAAACCUCAACUCUGUUGAUGCAGUCGACGUGCACGUGAAACUGAAUUUGGUGUACUGGAGCGAGCGUCAGCCAAACGUCAUAAAGAGGCUGAACAUUACUAGUGGAAAAGUGGAGAACGUGUCAACAGACAGCAACAUAGGUCAGAUCAAAGGUAUUGCGGUGGAGUGGGAGAGUGGACUAAUUUAUUGGACUGAUAACACCAAUCGUCGGAUCGAAGUAGCGCAGUUGGACGGGAAAAACAGACGGGUCUUGAUCAGUAAAGAUAUACGAAAUCCUCUUGGAAUAGUUGUGGACCCAAGAAAAGGGUAUGUACCAGCUUUUUAUAUGAUAGAGGGCUUUCCAUCGAUAAAUUGCUACGGAUAUUAUCAAAAGGAGGAAAUGCACGGAAGUGGAACUGCCAGCAAGCAAACUGCUUCCUAAAGCACAGAGAAACGUAAACGACCAAGAUGCGGUCGAUUUUAAUUUCUCAUCUGAUUGGUUGAGAUGGCGGUGCGAGUUUUCCGGCUGAUUUUAUUACAGAGUUCGGUUAAGCAAAACCAGUGCCAUCCUGGAGUACUUUUGAAACUCAAUUGAAAAUUGGUUUAUGAUAAAUUCUGCAGCAAGUUUUUUGAUAGGUUCUUUGCAAUGCCCUAUUUAAAAACAGACGUACAGAUAUCGUCAGUUGGAUUUUAUGUUGUUGCAGAGCGUCUAGCUUUGAUGUAGAAAUUCGUGUGAUUCACUUGCGGUACAUAGAUCGCUUUUGAGUUUUGCCGUCAUACCCUGACAACAAGUUUUCGAACGCCUGGCCAGCUCAACAUAGGUUCUCCAGCCCCAUCCCCAAAAGGUGAAGUAAUGUUUGACUGUGACACUUCCUCUCGUAGCUCCUGAAGCGUAUUCUUGAUUCUGCCGGGUUCAAACCUUUAGUCCGCAAGAGUUUUUUCACUAGUUCUUCCACGCCCACUUACAUUUCACGUUUUUCUUCAUCACUGGUAUUGUAGGUACAUGUUUUGGUCAAACGGAGGAUUUCAAAGUAAAAUCGAGAGAGCUUCUUUGGCAGGUGAAAAUCGGAAAACCUUGGUCAACCUUGGGAGCUCGUAUUUUAACGUUCCGGUCGGGAUGACCAUCGAUUUCCAAGCAAACCGUAUAUAUUUUAUUAGUCGAGGACUUUUAACCAAAAGGCUGGAAAGCAUUGACUUUGAUGGAAACACCCGACAACAGUUUACAUCCCUCUCAUCCAUUAGUUAUCCUUAUGAUAUUGUAUUGCUGAGCGGAGUGUUUUACGUAUCUGACGCGAGAGGCAACAAAAUCUUCAAGAUCGAGAAGUCCACAAAGAGAUCUCUGGGAAACUACGCAGGUCUUGGUUUCAGUAAUCUUCGAGGGCUUGAGAUGUUCUCCUCCUUGCGACAACCUAAAGGUACGAUCAAUAUUCAAGUAAUUUGUCUCAAUAAUUGUGUUAAAAAUUUGAACUCAAGUUUGACGUGGGCAAGUUGGACACGCAGUGGCACGUAAGACUGGACUGGGACAUUUUGUCUCAACUCUUACAGUUCCUUGCUCUAUCUGAAAGGUACAAAGCGAUACCAGCAAUCUGACAAAAUGACGAAUCACUUAAUAUCAUAGUUCCUUAAUGCUACAAUAAUCGCAUAGGCUCUGAUGCUCUGAGCGAUCAGAUUCGAGAGUAGACGUUUUUUUGGCAGGCGCUGACCUAGAAGGAGUAUGGCUGGUGGAGAAAUUUGGGGGAGUAUUAGCGUUCAGUGUUAGUUAACACGAAGAUGAUUUUAUCAUAAAGCAGGCGGACACAUGGCUAUGUUAAACUUGCAAUUUCCUAUAUCAAAGCUGGUUAUCAUCGCGUGUUCUCGACCGUUGGACAAAAAAUAAUAUUCAUCCUCAUGGUGUUAUAUUUGUUACUGGUAUUUUUAUGAGUAUCGUUUAAAACCUUGUUGUCUCUGGUUCUUUCGUAGGUAGCUCUGCUUGCCACAACAAUAGUGGAUGCAGCCACCUUUGUCUGCUAUCACCAGCAGGGAGCCAAUGCGCAUGUCCAAUAGGAAGCAUUUUAAAGCCUGACGGAAAGACGUGUGAUGAUUCAGGUAAACAAUAUAAACCGCCAAGUUGUUGUUUUAGAACAACUUUGCAAGUGUUGAAAAGAAAAGUGCACCGCCAAGUGGGGUGGGCAGGAGGGGGGAAGGGGAUGGAAGGCUAUUUCUGCAUUUAGUUACAUUAAAAGAUCUUUUUUGGGCAGACUAUAUUAUUUCUAAUAUUGGUUUUCGAGAACUUUUUUAAUUUUUGAAUGAUUACUUAUCGUUUAUCGUUUCAUAAAAAAAUAAUGGUUUCGAUGUAUUUCACACACUUUUUAGCAUCCAAACUUCUCUUAUUGGCUGAUAAGACGCAACGAGGACUCUAUCAAAUACCAUUGGGAGCAUCAAUUUCAAAGAAGGCCAUGGCAAUCCCAUUAAACAAUGUCAGGAGACCUGUGGGGGUUGAAUUUGACCCCCUUAAUGGCUUCGUCUACUGGUCUGACAGCUUCAGAGACGUAAUUUCCCGAGUCCAUUUGAAUGGCAGCACACAGGAGGAAGUGGUGGAUCGUUUGAGAACACCUAAUGGCAUUGCAGUAGACUUCAUUGCAAGAAAUCUGUAUUGGACAGACAAAGGGUCAAACAGAAUCGAAGUGUCUCAGUUGGACGGCUCCUUCAGAAAGACUCUUGUGUAUAGUGAUCUUUGGGAUCCACUUGACAUUGUACUCGACGUGGAGAAGGGGUAAGGGUAAAUAUUAUCUCUCUUAAAUCAGUAAAACUGUGGCUCGUAGAGCUCUGAAAUCACUGAAAGAAGACAUAGUAUUUGAUCAUUAUAAGUAAAAAAUCGUCCAUUCUUGUAAAACUAAGAGGUGCACCUUAGGUUAUAUGGCUUAUUCUAUCAAGUAAGAUCUCGAACUACAUCUUUCCUGUAGAUAUCACUGCAUGACCUAUGGAGAGAGAAGCUCUUCACUUACCAAGAAAGUCCUUGGCAAACAUUUACAGACGUUUGCUUCUGUAUUAGCGCGAUUUGAGAACUUUAACCCAUCAGAUAAAAUCUACAGCUUGCAACACAGCUUUAUUAUUGUGCGUAAUGAACAUCUUUCGAUUUAUUCAUUACUAAGAGCUGUCAUGAUUUCUUCAUCACAUGAGAGACAGAUCAAUUAAGAUGAAAAUAAAAUUGUCGCCUUUUCCAAGUGAAAGCUUUUGUAUAGAAAUACCUUUGUUGUAGAGGAAGACUUGGUUUGUUCUAGGCACCUUACGGCUUGCUUUCAUCGAUGUCCUCAGCACUAGAGAACAUGGAUAAGUUAACAAGAUCAAGAGUAAGGAUUGUGUUUUAAAACUGCAAUUGUCGCUUUUGCAGAUACAUGUAUUGGAGUCAGGAAGGGAGUUCAUCCAUCGAUACCAAAAUAGAACGAGCCGAUAUGGAUGGAAUGAACAGAGUUGUCGUCAAAAGCUGGAAUUAUUACUCUCAUACCACUAGGUCUCCAAAUGGCCUCGCCCUAGAUAAAGAGCAAAAUCGUCUGUAUUAUUUCGACGAUUACACAGACCGUAUCUAUUACGUUUCACUGAGUACUGGCGCCGAGAGCACUCUAUUGAUCAGACCGGGCAGUCCCAAGGGAACAGUCGUACAUGGAAGUUACAUUUAUUGGACAGAGACACAAGGUCAAAGUGGUGCGGUCUACAGGGCUGAUAAGAAAUCAGGAGAAAAUGUCGAGAGCGUGGUCAGCGGCCUUGUUGGACCGGAAGAUAUCUGCGUUUACGACGCAAACGACUCGUUGCUCCAGACAGGUACGUUUCAUGCUGGGUUAUGAGAAAGCAAUAGUGCUUGUAUUGAAAAAUCUCAUGGAUACAUUUUUAACUUCCCCUAUCUUCCGGUCUUGCGUUUGUAGUCUACUCUUUUACUUAGCUUAUCUUAUCCUCUUCUCUAACUGUCUUCAAGCACUCUCUCAUAUGAAUCUCCUUUUUAUCUCCCAUUACAAUGGCCUUCUACCUGAAAACAUUGAAUUUAAGUUUCCCUUGACAUGAUUUUGUUUUUGUAAAAUUGCAGUGAAAUCAAAUUGUAGCAGGAACAAUGGAGGUUGCAGCCAUCUUUGUUUGCUCACUCCAGGCGGGCAUCGAUGUGCAUGUCCAAAUGAAAUGAAUUUGAAGCCCGACGGGAAAACUUGUAAGUCAGAAACAAGAAGAAUCGUUGAUAGCUACACGAGAUGAAAGAUAUAUUUAAAGUGAGAUAUAAGAGCGCCUCAGCCAAAUAUAUUCUAGGUUUGCAACGCUCAACAUAAAACUCGAGACAUCCUGUCAGAAAUACGCUCAUCUUCACCGAUUCCGUAUCGCGUCUAAUGCAAGAAAAUUUGAAUUGCAUAUAACUCGGCAUCACAGGUGUAAAAUUUUCACCAAGUAUGGUCUCUGUAAAUGGUGAAACAAAAACCCUAUCUUAGCGAUAAUGUUUGGGCUAGAUAACUGAUAUUCAUCGUAUACCAUUGCAGGUCAUUUUAGCGAGUUUUUACUUUUCGCCGACUCAACAAGGAAGAAGAUAUACCUGAUUAAUAUCGACAACCAGCAUUCACAAGUGGUACCCCUGGAACUAGGUAACCUUCAAGAGCCCGAAGCACUGGACUUUGAUCCGCAGACUCACUCCAUUUAUUGGUCUGACCUGCAGUUCCGUCAAAUAGCACGCGCUAAUCCUGACGGAAAAUCAAAGAAGAUCAUUGUUAACAGCGGUCUCCAACGACCCAGAGGCAUUGCAGUUGACUAUGCUGGAAGAAAUUUGUAUUGGACAGACUAUGACGGCGAAAGGAUUGAAGUCGCAAAACUUGAUGGAUCACAGAGGAAGGUUUUAAUCUCUCGAAAUAUUGAGAAGCCUGUGGACAUUGUGUUAGACUUGAAUAACGGGUAAGAAAGAUAAUACUUCCCAGGAUUGGCUUCGUUGUCUUUUCUACUUAAGGCACUUUGGAUCAGAUUAACUAUAGCUACGUUUUGUUUCGAGGUCAUUUUGUCGACGAUGGCAGCAACCAGCCAUGCAGUUGCAAGGAUACUUUAAGACUUUAGAGGCUGAUGAACAUUAAUUAAAGCUUGCCUAUGCAAGCUUAGUUGCUCACUCCUUAAUGCUUUGCACAAAUAUUUUUAUGAAACAUGUAACGACAAGGUAUUCUUUUUUUCAUUUUUUCCAGUCUUAUGUACUGGUCGUCGUGGAGUACACAGCCAAAAAUAGAGCAAGCAUCCAUGGACGGAAGUAAUAGGAGUACGGUUGUUUUGUUUCAAAGAAGCUGGUGGCAGCGUUCCGCAAACCCUAAUGGAUUAGCUUUGGAUCCCGAAACUAGCAGGCUCUUUUGGGUUGACACGACUAAAUCUCUGAUACAGUACACGGACCUUGGACUUGGCGACGGUUCCAUAACCACUCUCCCUGUACCAAGUUUCUACUUAUCAAAUGCUUAUGGGUUGACUUUGAAAGACAAUACACUGUAUUGGAGCACCUCUGGAUCCAUUUAUGCGGCAGACAAGAAGACGGGUGGUAACGUGCGUCGUUUAGUAAGGAAUAUUGCGAGUCCUCGAGAUGUUCACGCAUAUCAUAACUAUUCAGCAAUUCCAGGUAAGAGGAAGAAUCAGUUUUAGUUCAUUCGAAUUUCCUGUCUCAACUUAGUAUGCCGAGCCAACUUAGAUGACUGUCAACUUAGUGUUUUCAACCAUUAAAACGAACACACCAUAUGCUAGUAAAUCUUGAAACUAUGAUUAUUUUGAUGUUAAGAGUACUGCAAUUAUCAUUGUACCGCCUUCGUUUUAUAGUCUUUUUUUUAUAGUCAGCUGAUUUUCUCCACUUGAGCUUCUCAUUGCAUCAAUUCGUAAACUGUUUUAGUUAACCAGAUAUUGGGAAGUUUCGUUUUUUAGAUCGGCCACCUUAUCGACAUGUAUUUCCUUUAUUACACCUGAGCGAAUCCUUUAAAAUUACCUCUCGCUUGAUUCUAGCCGAUCUUUCUUCCUUGAAAGCUUAAUCUUUGCUCUGUUUUCUUUCAGAUGACCACCCUUGCUCUCUGUUCAAUGGAUGGUGCACACAUCUUUGUCUGUUAAAACCAGGAGGGUAUCAGUGUGCGUGUCCAACUGACACCGGAGAUAUUCCCUGCAAGACUACACCUGUUAUUCCACCUUCGUCCACACUGUCGCUCUCGCCUUCGCGGUCGCCUUCGCCAUCCUCGUCGCCAUUGUCAAUAUCAUCCCCACCAUCAACAACGUCUUUCACAUCUACGCCAUCUUCCAUGUUAGCUUUUUCAACAUCGUCAAAGUCACCACUGCAAUCAAGUCCUCCAUCUCCAUCACCACUACCGAUGCAAACAUCGUCGUUAUCGCCGUCACUGUCAGUUUUCAAUUUCCCAAUUUCAUCAUCCUCUCUGUCGCUGUCAUCGUCAUCGAUGUCGUCGCUGUCCGUUUCUUCCCCGCAACAGGAACCUGCUUCAUCACAUACGUUAUUGAAGCGGCCCUCAUCUUCCAUCGUAUCAUUAACACAUUCUUCCGUGAUAUCAACUUUACCACCCCUAGUUGAUGCGUGUAUUUCAAGACCAUGUAAAAAUGGCGGUACAUGUCUCGAGGGAAACGAGGGUAGCUAUACCUGUCGGUGUGCCUUAGGAUAUACCUGGCCUCAUUGUGAGCUCAAUAUAGGUGAGUGCCAACUACUGAGAGAUUUUAGUCAAAGUAAAGGUCUCCAAGUUUUCUUCAGAGUAAGAUAACGAUUCUAUAUUUUAUAGGUCACUGGUAGAAUUAUACUUAAGGAUUUUAUAAAGACGAGUCCAAAGUGACAUUAAAGAUAUGCAAACUUAUUGGAAAUUUUUUGAUAUACAGCCCCCAUACGGCUCGUUACGUUGUGAUUUGCACCGAACUGUAAAAUUAGCGUGCUAUUCCUUGAAAUAAACCCAACUCCCUUCCUGCUCAUCCAAAGAAAAUAUCUCAGCCUACCUAAGUAUCAGGUAGAAGGAGAGGAUUGAAACGAGGAAAUUGGUCAAAACCUCCAGAUUUAGUGCUGAGGUAAAUCUAUGUCAUCUAUGAGAGUCGUGAAACCCAGGAAUCUAUGUAAUAAUUCCUUUCUUUUCAAAUGUUUCUGUUUGUAGGUGACAAUGUCGUGAGUAUAGCAUUCAAAAUGACCACGGCUCAAGUAAGUGUUUUAGAAAUCUUCUUUUCCUCACCAUGAAACCUUUUAAAUCGCGAAAAUUGAUAUCAUGUCUGAUAUGACAAUGCCUUUGCACCAUUAAUUUGAACCCAAAAAACCCAAUGCACAGAGGGUCACGCAAAUUGAGACUCGUGGAAAAAAAACUAGCUGGGGUGGCGGAUUUUAUUCACAUAAACAAACCAAAAGACACAAAGAAAGAGUAGCAGAAAAAAAAAAACGAAAAAAAAUUAUCUCUGCAUAGAGUGUGGAAUAAUAUCUAAGCUUUCAACAAAUUUUCAUUUUGAUUUCAUUUUCUUUAUUCAAGUGGAAUCAAGACACUCUCAGGAAGAGCAUUGCAAAAGCAUUCACCGAGUACUGCACAAAAGACCAACGCCCUUGCAAACUUCGUAAGAGGUAUUGGAAUUCAUCAAACUGAUAGGUUUAUUAAAAGCUACGUUUAUGUAACUUUAUGGACCGCAUCUCUUACUCUUUAAGAGCACAUCAUCUUCACGUUUAUGAGAGUGAAAUAGCAUAGGUUAUCAAUAAGGUAAACUAAACGUUAUAGUGAUUUAGAAUGUUUACUCUCUAUACAACGAUAUUGUGCAACUUGAUGCUCGAUGCUACUUCAUUGAAACAUGGCGAUGUAAGAUUUGUUAUUUACAUCAGUUGUUUUAAUUCCCUAAAUUGUUAGGCUGAACGAUAUCAGAACCCGAUCAACACCGCGCAUCGAUGAUAUCAAUGUUUUCAGAACCGAGGACGUGUUAGUGCUUGGAAGGCAUUUUGAAGGACACCAACGCCUAUUCAGCAUCGUUCUGGCAGUGUUGGUACCUGAAGAAAAGCAGCGCCAGUCAUCUCUAAGACAAACCAUCUCGGCUGCUAUUCUCUGCAAAAUGAUAGUAAAAACGUCAAAACGUAUUUCAGAGUAUAUGGAUAACGUUGAAAUAGUCUUAAUCAAUGGUGAAAAGGAGCCAACUUGUGCGUCUAACCCAGUGGACGAUGAUGAACAAGAAGGCAUAAACGGACAAAUCAGUGGGAAUAAAGAAAGAAAAGUGGAUAGUCAGCAUGAAGAAGGGUUAUCUUCUGGUGCUACAGCUGGAAUUGUUUUGAGUAUCAUUUUAGUUAUCAUUCUCGUGGGUGUUAGCUUCGUCUUAGUGAGGUGAGUGCUUACCUUUGGUGAGCUAGUCGUUGUUUGACUAUGAAAAGAAGCCGCGAACAAGUAAUUCAGAGCUUAUGAUGCAAGUUUUUCCUUGGCCGGCUUUAGGAUAAUGCCCUCCUUAUUAAGAAUGAAAAAAUCUAAAUUAAUCCUAUUUUCCAUUUAACAUAUAAAUGGGUCUACAAAUGAAAGGAUGUGAUAGUCCUGAUCCCUUAAUUUACUUAGUUUUUCAGUAAUGAUUAAGCGAAAUGAUAUAAAAAUAGUUCAUUCAUUUUGGUACAAACGUUUGAGCAGCUUUUUAAGGAUUUUUAAAAAAUACAAGAUCCUUGUGCACUACAUUAGACCAUGAAAAUAAAUUGCUUUAUAAUCGUUCGAUUGACUAAGAUAUCAUUAAUGAGACAAAACGGGACAACGUUAGUUAUAGGCUCUAUAAAAUCAUCAGUGAGAUCGGAUGUUUCGACUCUGAGGAACUAAUUUCGUUUUAAGUGUCAUUCAAAGAAAAGCUGCAAUAAUACAGGAUUUUUCUGAUAUUCUCUUUCAUUUUUUUUAUUUUUCCAAAGGUCACGGGAAAAGGGGUUGAAAAUUUUUAGAACUCCUUUCACACUUUCAUUUAACAAUCCUGGCUUCGAGCCUCAUCAUUCCAAUCUUCACGACGACAAUUCAGGAGGAGUUCCCUUCAGUAUUCCAGAGACUUACGAGCCUUACGAGGUAGUAAAAAGUCCAUCUUCAAUAAGCGAAAGACAGUUUCAGAACCCAGAAACAUCUGUUUACGAGCAAGAGUGCGCGAAUCCUUUAUAUCUCGCAAAGAGUAAAGAUGGUGAUUUCCAAAGCUCAGCUGGCAAUCCAAUUUAUGAGUCCAUUAACGGGCACGGGAGUGGGAAUCCAAAGGGACCAAGAGCUGAAUCUGAUUAUGGAAGCUUGGCCAAACGAAAAUUUCAUCCCAAUGGCGACCGAAAUGAAGAACCACAGUAUGCUAAGCCAUAUAAAAUAAAACCUCGUUCGCCCUCUGGGUUUAAUUCCCCUGAAGCGCAAAAUGGCAACACUUAUGCCCAGCUUGGCUUGGGGAGCGUUGUGCAACCUAGCCAAGAUAGUGGUUUUGAGCAGCCUGGGUACGCGUCACUGGCUCCCUUCUCUCGAAAUAUCCACGGAGGCAAUGGCAAAGGUGUUAGUUCUCGCAAGGGUAUUUCCUCGCAGGAUAAUUUUUGGCCUCAAAACACUGUGCAUCCCCAAAAUCCCGAAAGCCAGAACGAAAAACCAGUGAGUCCAAGGAAAGCUUGUUUCCUUGGUUACCCAGCGAGCCGCCUGGCAGAUGAGAAUUGUAGUAAAGAGCAGUUAAGUAGUAAACAGAAAGUCCGAAGUACAACUUUAAAGGACAAGGAAACGCCUGUCUUACAUCUUCCUACUGAGCCUGGUCCUGAAGAGACGAUUAUUUGAGUAUUGUAAAAAAUUUAUUUCACUACUUUGAAAGACUAAGCGACGAACGCAUCAACGAGGAAGACAAUGUUUUUAAGCAUAGACUCAGACUAGUCUAGAGAAAGUUUAUAAGUUGCAAACAAUGCCACAUCUCUAGUUUUGGCAGUUAUUUAGAAAAUUGUUUAUGGAAUGGAAUAAAAAAAAAGCUAUUUUUUAAACUCGCUGAAGAAAUAGAGAUGUACUUCGUCACCAAGAAGAAUCGAUCCUUAGACCUUCAGAUUCCGCGUUCCGAUGCUCUGCUUCUGUGGCUAUCUUAGCCGCAGUGACUCUAUGGUGAGCCUGAAGCCCAUCAUGGAGUAUUUCGUUAUAAAAUUUUAUAUUCAUUUAUUAAUUAAUGUAUCACUCAGAAAUUUCAGUGCCAUUAUACCAUAGUUUAGUGUCUCGCUUUUGAGGUCGUUCGAUGAAGUAGAUAAUACCAAUGAUAUACUAUUAAUUAUAAUUUUAGAUUCAGCGGCUCCUGAAUCUAACAUUUGCAUAAUUUUGAUAGAAAAAAAUUGAAAAUGAUUUUUAUUACAGAUGCACAGAAUAAACUUAAGAUAUUCCUGAUAGGAAAGUAGGUAAAGAUUCUUUCAAGAGUGUAGCUUGGUUAAUCCGCUGCUGCGUUUAACUUAUUAGACAUUGAAUUAUCAGCCUUCCAAAUUCAUUGUACGAACUGUUAAUAUUAAUAUUGAAGCGAUCACAGGCGUCAUUUAAAAGGUAAUGAAAAGGUAGUUUAAAGCAAUGCAGUCCUAGUUAACAUGUAAUGUCUAAAAUAUAUUAGAGGACAGUUUCAUGUACAUUGAAAAUGAUCCCAAAUACAUAAACCGCAUCGUAUCAGAAACAUGAUGGUACAAUGUUUCCUUCAUUGUGAUUCAUUGACCCACAAUGUUGCUGUACCUCAACUCUUUGCCAAUUUCAGGG